ACCAAACACACCCAGAUCUCAUCAUUUUAAUGCUAGCCGCUAGCUUCUUGUUAUGCCGUUCUUGUAAAAUAAAUUAGGUGCUAACAAUUUUUUUAACCAACACUUCGCAGCUUAUCUUUUUACCUUUCAAAAAAGUACUCGGUUAGGUUUGAGCUGUUUCUGGAACAGCAGCGUCGCGUUUGGCUUUGUGCUAAUAGUUAGCCAAGUGCUAACUACAGCGACAUCAACUAACUUGCAUGCGACGGCCAGCGCUGUCAUUUACAGGCAGCUGGAAUCAAGGAGACUGUGACAGUCUUUUCCUGCAGAGAUCAUGGAGCUCCAGGCAGUAUUAAUGGCAGCUGGAGGUGGUUCUCGUAUGACUGAUCUAACUUACAACACCCCUAAAUGUUUGCUGCCUGUGGGCAACAAACCGCUAAUGUGGUAUCCCUUGAACCUGUUGGAGAGAGUGGGCUUUGAAGAGGUUAUAGUGAUCACGACCAAAGAAGUGCAGAAGAUGAUGAGCACAGACUCUAAAAUGAAGCUGGACGUAAAGAUGAAGUUGGAUGUGGUUUGCAUUCAGGAAGAUGGUGACAUGGGUACUGCUGAUGCUCUCAGACACAUUCAGCAGAAGAUUAAGACUGACGUCCUGGUGGUGAGCUGUGACCUAAUAACAGAUGUGGCGCUUCACGAGGUUGUAGAUCUUUUCAGAGCCCACAAUGCAACACUGGCCAUGUUAAUGAGCAAAGCCCAUGAAUUCACAGAGACAGUUCCGGGUCAGAAGGGCAAAAAAAAGACAGCUGAGCAAAGGGAUUUUGUUGGUGUGGAUCAAUCAGGGAAGAGACUGCUCUUUAUGGCCAAUGAAGCAGAUCUGGAAGACGGACUCUCAAUUAGGAAGUCAAUCAUAAAGAAGUCUAUUUCAUCGAUUCGUGGCGAGUUGGUACCAUAUUUGGUGCGCAAGCAGUUUUCAAAGGCAGCUAACAGUCAGAAGAUGAAAGAUGACUCGGAGGAUCAAACCCAGAAAAAGAACGACGGCUCUACAAACCAUGAGCUCCUUAUCUCGUCACGGGACGAGCCUCUCCUCCAACUGGCCCAGGAGCGCUCCUGUUGGAACGAUCACCGUGGUGACAUGAGUGAGGCUUACCAUGGGGGGAAGCUGCGCUGCUACGUCCAUAUUAUGGACCAGGGCCUGUGCUGUCGUGUUAACACUCUUGCUGCUUACAUAGAAGCAAAUCGGCUGGCCCCCAAACUGUUGGAGGAGCCAGCAGUUCAUCCAUCUGCUGGUAUUUCUGACAAAUGUCAGAUGGGAUCAGACAGUAUGGUCGGAGCUCUGUGCCAGAUAGCAGAUAAGACUUCCAUAAAAAGAUCCACUAUCGGGAACUCCACCACCGUGAAGGAGAAGGUCAAAGUCGCCAACUCCAUCAUCAUGCAUGGAGUUACUGUCGAGGAAGGAUGUAACAUCCAGGGCAGUGUGAUCUGCAGUAAUGCAAUUAUUGGCAGAGGAGCAGACCUCAAAUACUGUUUGGUGGGAAACGGACAAAGAAUCGAACCAGCAGCUGACCGGACGAACGAGGUCAUUGUUGGAACGGAUCAACUGAUGGAGAUCUAACUUUUUCAUGAAAGAAGAAAACCGCCUCAUUAACUGACCUGAGAGCAGAAAACCAAUUGAACAACUUAUUUCCCAGCUGACUAACCAAUCA